AUGGGUAAGACCAAAGAGCUGUCAAAGGAUGUCAGAGACACGAUUGUAGACCUGCACAAAGCUGGAAUGGGCUAUAAGAUCAUCAGCAAGAAGCUUGGUGUGAAUGUCUCCGUGAUCGGGGACCCCGAGGUGAGUCCCUGGCUCACGGGGGAGCAUGAGAGGAUAAGUCUGACCGCCGGGGUUUGGGACCCACCAAAGGAGGAGGACGGGUCAAGGUGGCGGGGUGAGCUCGGAGCCGCUGAGGAAGAGGAGAGGCAGGAGGAAGGCUACGGAGCUGAAGGCCGCAAUGGAGAGAACAGAUCAGACGAAGAUGAGAUAAAGGUGGAGAAAAGGCACGGAGAUGGGAAUGUGGAGAGAGAAAGAAAUGAAGAGGAGGAGGAGAGGGGGGAUGGAGAGCUUAGGGCAGGGGACGAUGAUGAGAGGGUGCACAGGAAUGGAGAAGAGGAGAAGACAAAGGCUGUCACUCACAACCCAACAACAGCAGGCAGGAGUGAGGAGGCUGCCUCUGUGGUCACUACAGAGAGGACGAGCACCGAGCUCAUUCGACACUGGAACAUGACUGACAGCUCUGGGCCCCGCCUCAGGGAGGAGGAGGGGUUGGUUCCCAAGGCGAUCGGGAAGAGGGUUGGCCCCUUCCCAGCCACCACCAAUACUACCCGGCGAGAGCCGCGACCCGGGAAGAAGAGAGUGGUGCAGUGUUCGGACAAAGGCGUGGACAGGAUCCCGUACGGCAUCCCUUACAACGCCCGCUACAUGCUCCUCAUGAACAAUCUGAUCUCCGCUAUCCAGCUGGAUCUGCUCCGCGAGUACCUGUCACUGGAGUUCCUGGUGCUUAGUAACAACCGGCUGACAGAUGGGGGCAUCGAGGGGGCCUUUGAGGGCAUGGGGCACCUGAAGCGCCUCUACCUGGACAGGAACCUCCUGAACAGCAUCCCUACUGACCUCCCAGCCACCCUGGAGGAGUUGCGAUUGGACGACAAUGAGGUCAGCGCGAUGUCGGAGGUUGCCUGGGAGCGCAGCCCUGGGCUUCUGAUCCUGAGCCUCAACAACAACAGCCUGGUGGACGGGUCUGUCCCGGAGGGGGUGUUCACCCCCCUGACCCAACUCCGCACCCUGAGUCUGAUGCACAACCGCCUGACUGCCCCCCCUCUCCGCCUGCCAGCUAAUCUCAGGGAAGUGUAUCUCCGCGGCAACCGGUUGGAGAGCAUCCCUGGGAGUGCGUUUUCAGAGGGCUCUGACCUGCUCGUCCUGGACCUCAGUGCUAACCGGCUCACCAACAAGGGCCUGGCCAAGGACUCCCUACGGUCCCUGGUCCACCUGGAGAACCUCAACUUGGAAGGCAACCUGCUCAGGCAGAUCCCCAGGCACCUUCCGCCCACCCUAAGGACCCUCAACCUGGAGGGGAAUGCCAUCUCCUCCAUCAGUAAGGAGGCCUUCCUCAGCCUGCCCAACCUGGAGCACCUGGGCCUGUCCCGCAACCGGAUCUCCAGGGUGGCCCUGGGGGCCUUCUGGGGACUGCCUGUCCUGCACCAGCUGGAACUGGGCCACAACGCCCUCCGGCAGGUGCCCCGACGGCUGCCCCCCUCGCUGCGUCACAUCUCGCUCAUCCACAACAAGAUCGGCUCUGUGCCGCGGGACGCCUUCUGCGCCAAGGGCCAGGCCCCGCCCCUCAGCAGCCUGGUCCGGGUGCACCUGGAGCACAACCUAAUCCACCUGGCGGAGCUGGACCCCCAGGCCUUCAGCUGCCUGCGGGGAUACCAGGUGGUCCAUUUCUACUGA